UCCCCGGGACGCAUGCGCACGGCGCGACUCCACCCCUCAAGCCCGGCUGCAGGCUCCGCCCCGCCCCACGUUCCGCCUUGUCCUAGGGAAGCAGUGCGUGCGGCGACGUUUCCGGCGGGACUUCGUCUGCCCGCCGCAGGUGCCGGCCUGGUGUACUCUUGUGUCUGGUCACAGUGAAAAAGAACAAUGCAAAAGGACUCUGGCCCACUAGUGCCUUUACAUUGGAUUGGCUUUGGCUAUGCAGCAUUGGUUGCUUCUGGUGGGAUCAUUGGCUAUGCAAAAGCAGGUAGUGUCCCGUCACUGGCUGCUGGGCUGCUUUUUGGUAGUUUAGCAGGCCUAGGUGCUUAUCAGCUGUCUCAGGAUCCGAGGAACAUUUGGGUGUUUCUAGCUACAUCUGGAACCUUAGCUGGCAUUAUGGGAAUGAGAUUCUACCACUCUGGAAAAUUUAUGCCUGCGGGCUUAAUUGCUGGUGCCAGUUUGCUGAUGGUCGCCAAACUUGGAAUUAGUGUGUUGAAUAGACCCCAUCAGUAGUAGUCAUGUCCCGCUUGGACUCAUGAAGAAUUUAAAAACUUCCGCUAUUUUUAGUGUAUUAAGAGAAACAAGUGCAGCAUUUUCACAUAUUCUGACAUUUUACUUAACAGAACAAAAAUAACAUUGAAUUUUCCAGAAGAAAUCAGUCAUUAUCAUUACAACCUUAAAGAGGUGGGUGGUAUGUAACCCAAGAGCUUCUUCUUGUAUGUUCUCAUACAGUUUGAUUCUUAUACAUGAUGCUGUCGCCUCUUUCUGUAUCUCUGGGUAAUGUCUCAAGGGGUAAAAUGUUAGGUAUCAGCACUGGGGGCCUCAAAACCCCACGCCCUACUCAGAACAAGAGCUUUAGGAUUUCUGUUCUUUGGCUCAUCCUAGAGCACAGACCUAUGUUGAAAUUAUGUCAAAUGAAAUAUCAAUGAAAAUAAAGUUUUCCAUAAGUAA